AUGCAGCGUUGCGGCGUUCAUCAAGCCUGGAUUGCGGCGUGCAGCGUCACGGCGUGCCUAGGAUCAAGUGUACGGCAGACUCCAGAGAAACGGAAAAAAAAAGAGAAAAAAAAAAAGAGAGACCUCACAACAUCAAUCUGCUUGUCCAUUCAGCGCCCGGCACGCUCAGGUUGCUUAUCCACUUUCUUUUCAUGGAACUCAAUCCUGGCCCGCCCAUUCAAACGGUCGUUCGCAAUCUCAGGCCCAUGUGCGACCCAUGACCACGUUGGCCGCCGUCACUGGCCGGGAUCAAAAGCCCAUUCCAGAGGCAAACCGAAUCCUCCUUCGCCCGCCCUGAGUCUCCACACGCACCGAGUCCAGGCCUGCUGUUCCGCUUGCUGCUCCGUAGAUGCUGGAGUUGCCGCUGCUUCGUCUCCGGCCAAGCUGGCCACGGGCACGCGAACCCAAGGCCGACAUGGAAAGAUUUGGCCGUAA